CUCAGAUUACGCACAAGAGACAACUACUCUUUCUCUCUCUCCUCUUUUUCUCUCUCUCUCUCUCAAACUCGAAGGAAAAAUUGCACGACCAAUGAUUAGAACUGGGUCGGGCAGAUUCGUCAAACUGUUAGGGGAUGGAAAGGCUUUGUUGUUGGACGAGGUGGACUCCUUGGAGGGUGAAGAAGUCACCCUUUGGCCCAAGGGUCUAGAAGAAAGAGCAAAAGCGUCAAAAUCACUUACUAAGGAGGACACGAAAAAGUUUUAUUUUACCCCCGAAGAGUAUGCCGUUUACUCCAGAAAGCUGCGGGCCAGCGAGGGGUUUGAUGUUGGGGACGUUCCAGCCCGCCUUCUGAUAGAGGUGAUUCGUCCUGUCCGUCAGCAGAGUGAUCCCCUUGCUCUGCAGCAGGGUUUUAGUGACAUGGCCAAGGUAGCUCUUGGAGUUUAUAACGAAAACCAGGGGACUCGGUACCAAUUUUUCCAAGUAAUCAGGGUGAAUUGUGUGUUUACUGGGGCGCUCUGGUAUUAUAUUACGUUCCAAGCAAAGAAUGUAAUGGAUGGUUCUCAACUUAAGAAUUUCCAGGCUGUCACGUCUCUGGGUCGGCUUGGAAGUGAGGAGAAGACACAGGUUAAAUUCUGCAGAGUUGAACCAAAACCUGAGCUUCCUGAAGAUUGCUCCGAGCGAUAGCGGCAACUUUAUCGUGUAAACAAGGACCUUCGGAGACAUCAGUGCAGCAAC